GGCGAAAGCAGCAGCGAGUAGCGGGGGACUUCCAUGCCUGUGAUCUCGGCGAUCUCGCCUAAGUACAUUGAGGGCCUCUCCAUUGAAGCGCUGCAUAAUGCAGGGCUGCUCACGGACACGUCCAUGAAGAUGUACACGCCGCAAAACUUGACCCGAUUGAAUCGGUUCGAGUCGGUGUUUCAAUUCUUCACCGUGCCGGAUUCGUCCAAAGGGGCCGAAAUAUUCCAUCACGUGAUGGCGUUGUCUGCGCUGGUGUCGUGCGGGUCGCUCUUCCUACGCACGUUGGACGGUCCCAACCUGGACAGUCUGUACCCUGACUACCCGUCGCUCCCGGACGAUCACACGUACAAGAUCAUCGACGGCGUCUUCACCGUGCUCUUCUCUCUGGACUUUGUCAUUCGCUUGAUCAUUUGGCCCAGCCUGUGGAAAGAAUCCGACGUGCUGCGCGAACGCCGCCUCUUGCCGUUCGCGCGCGACAUCUUCAACUGGUUUGACCUGCUGGCGCUGGUGCCGUUUUACGUCGACACGAUCUUUGGCGAUGGCACGUCGUUUGUGGUGAUGCGACUCGCGCGUCUACUUCGAAUCUUUCGCUUGGCCAAGAACAACUCGGGCACAUACAUUCUGUUCCAGGCCAUUCGCGCUAGCAUGCCUGGCAUCACCAUUGCGCUCAUUUUCUUGCUUGAAAUCGUGCUCGUGUUUUCAUGCUUGAUGUACCUCUUCGAUCCGUGCUACAACAAGGACGCGUGCAUGUUCCCCGACCUGCUCACGUCUGCCUACUACGUCGUCGUCACGGUGGCCACCGUGGGGUACGGCGACGUGGUGCCAUCAGCUGGCAACGCUCUGGGUCGGAUCACGGCCAUCGUGAUCAUGAUCAUGGGCACGUUGUUUCUGUCCAUGCCGCUCGCGAUUGUCGGCACGGAAUUCGACCGCGCGUGGCGCGACCACACGGAGAAAGUCGUCAAGCGGAGCUUGGAGUCGAUGCAGGCGGCGGCGGCGGGGCGCGACGCCUCCAAGGUGCACGACACAGUCAUGGACGACAACCCGGAGAUCUUGACCAAGUACAUGAUCCCGAACGCCGCGUACUUGCGGCUGGCGUCGCUCACGGGGGAAAUGGCGCUGAUUGCGUCGGCGCUGGCCGCAGACUUGAAAUCCGAAACGGAUAACGUCAAAGUGAACCAGGUGGCACAGGAUUUGCACGCGCACAUGAAACAGUGUCAUGAAAAGUACAAGGAACUCGUGCACGUGAUCGACGAUAUGGUCCACCAAGACGACAGUUCCCACGGGCUGAAGCGCUCGAGUUUGCGGGACCGCAUCAUGUCGUCGUUCCAAAGUUCCCUGCGACGCAGUUUGACGACGGAGGACAAAAGUCAACCGAAUGGGAAGACCGCCGCACGUCCGGACACGACGUCGUCCCAGCGGAUUCAGUACCGGUGGGUCAUCAUGGUGUUUAGCAUCAUCGUGCUGACGCUGCAGACGAUGCCCGAGCUGCAAUUCUACGGCGAGCAAACCGAACUGUGCAAGGCGGUGGUGAAAGAGUACUGCGCACUGCCGUCGGCUGCCAACGCAACCGCCGACCCUGGCUGCUUCAGCGCCGUCGACCCGACGCAGCCCCUGGACUUCAGCUGCGGCAAACUCGACGGCAUCAAAGACAUGGCGCCCAACUGCUACGGCGUGCUAAACAACUUUGGCGGGCUAUAUAAUUCGUCGCUCGGGUGUUUGUGGGAUAAUGGCAACUUCAACCUCACGGGGCUGGGCCUGGUGAAGCCGUUUCGAACCAAGUACGACCUCGACCAAGCCGACUUGCCGCUGGACGUGUGCCAGCGCCGCGAGUGCCAGCGCAACCACUUCUACUACCUUGACCUGUCCAAUGCGUGGCCGCUGCUCGAGUACCUCUUCUUUGCGUCGUCCGUGGUCGAGUUCUUCCAGCACUUGGGUGCCACGGGCGUGCGCAAUCUCAACUGGAAGAACCCGUGGCAAUGGCUCGACGCCCUUGCGUUCAUUCCGUUCGUCGUGUUCGAGUUCAAGCGGUACAUGAUGGGCAUCAUACCCACAUACGAAAUGGUGCCAAGCUCCAACGACAUACUGUCCACGCUCCGGUUUGCGCGCAUCUUUCGGUGGUUCCAGAUUCAAAAGGAAAUACCCGCCACGGUCGUCGUGUCGGAAGCUAUAUUGAAAACGUACAAGCGAUUGGUGAUUCCCUAUUUCAUGCUGACGCUGGUCACAACCAUCUUUGCGUUUGUGAUUUACCAGCUGGAAAUGGGCACCGAGUGCUUUGUGGGCGAGCCGUGCGUCGUGGGCGGCAAAGUGCUGACAAAGAUGCCCGAAGCGACCAAACACAUGAAGUUCCACAAGCGCAUUUUGAUCGACUCCAAGGGCAACCUCACCCAAUUCGAAGACGUGUUUUCCGGCAUCUGGUUUAUCAUUGUCACGAUCACGUCGGUCGGGUACGGCGACAUUGUGCCCAUCAACAUGUCUGGCAAGUUCAUUGCUGUUUUGGCCAUGAUCUUUGGCGCGUGCUACACGGCCAUGCCACUGACGCUCGUGGGAAGUCAGUUCAAUCGCAGCUUUAACGACUACAAGCGCCGCGAAGCGCUGACCAAAACCAAGCAAGACGUGAGCACGCGGCUGGCCCUCGCCGCGGACGACGAGCGGGCGUGGAAAGCGUUCAAGGACAAACACCUGAUCGUUGAGAUCAAGUCCAUGUUUGAGCGAGACUUUUUGUCGUUGAUUAACGAAACCGAGUCGGAAGAACGACUCGACUCGGACGGGCGUUCGAAAAAGCUCGAGGUCGUGGCCACCAUCAAGACCAGCAUUGAAAUCUUCAAGGUGUCGAUUCUGCAAUCGUCGUCGAUUGUAAGUCGAAUCUACCACGAAGGCUUGCGACUGGCCAAACAGCAAACGUUAGCCUUACACAAGACAUCGUAACACGUGUGUAUUAUUUGUUUCUCUUAAAAGUCAUAGCAAUACAAAAC